AGGCUACAGCACACAAAGAAAAAGACAAGCGCAGGUCCGCCGCUCGCUCGCUCGGAUUUCCAGCUGCCGCAGUAGUCCCUCUCGGCUCGUCGAAGUGAGAGGCGCAACCGCGAGUUUUGUACCCGUAUAUACAGACACUGGUAUAUAGUAGUUUCUUCUUCCGCAUUGUUGAUACACACAGCCUUUCGAACAAAAUAUAUACCCUCGAGAAUAAGUGCAGCCCGAGCGAGCAAAGUGAAAAUCAUCGAGCGAGACAAGGGGUAGGAAAAAUGGCAGCCUCGCGAGUCGGAAAAACGGGACUCGCGCUGUUGCUGCUGUUCCUCAGCUGUGCAGCGGCUCAGCUCAGGGUCGACGAGGCUCCCGUAAACGUGCCCUUCAGCAGCGUCUCGAGCCUCCUCGUUCAGAGCGCGCUGAGCUCCCUGAACGAGAACUCGCCGAGCCGACACACCUACAGGAACGGCGACCUCAUCAGCGCCCAGAAACUGACACAGCCUCCGUACGUCAUCUACAGACUGACUCUGAAUUUGGAGCCAGUGUGCAAGAGUAGCGAAGAGAACUGUGCUCGUGAGGCAUGCACCUUAGUAGUCCGACAGCAUGAGCAAGGUGUCAUCGACGUACUCCAUGACUCGAUUCAGUGCAUGGAACUGCAGCCCCAGUCCAAGCAGCAGAAUGCCCAGGAUCAAGAGGUGAUAGAAAACAUAGAGAAACAAAUAAUCAACCAGAGCAUCAGUCUGGACCACGAAGUACAAACGUCCGCCGAUCACAACGAUCGACCCUUUAUCGCCGUAAGGGCAACCCAAUCGGAAUACUGUCCAGGAUGCCCUUACGAACUAAAUCCCUCUCUGCCCGGACUCUCCGCUUUCGGCAACCAAGUUAUGCAGUCGAUGGACGAGGCCGGUGUGAGCGAUUUCAAGCACAAGCUCAUCAGCAUUGUCAGAGUUACUCGUGCGGUGCCUCCGGGCGCUAAUGUUGUGCAAUACCAGCUUCUCGUGGAAAUCGGCGAGUCUAACUGCUUGAGAACCUCGCUCAUUGAGAUAGCCGAGUGUCCUCUGCAGUCCAAUUUGCCGAUUAAAUUAUGCCUCGUCACUUUCGAGGAGCGUCCCUGGCAGAGCGGCAGUCGCAAAAUAACAAGGAACAAUUGCACCGACUUGCUCAACACCGACAACGAGGUGAGCGCGAGCGUCGAUCCAAAAUCGCCGCUGUUUGAGUCAGCAGCUCCAUAUCGGGAAGAUGACGUCUCGACGAAAACCGAGUUCUACGAUCAGAUAGCUCAGGAGGCGCAAGAAGUUUUCCGGGUUCCCUACAUGGACGUGUCUACCAAGGAUUCCGUUGUUGUAGCUGAGAAUACCGAUGCUGCCAAGGAAUUGCCUCACAGCAAGAUCAUUUUGGACAGGGUGGAGGAAAAAGAGAAGCCCUCGAAAUUCGCCGAAAAAAUGAAAGAGUUCGAUGAAUUUUUGGAGGAUUUCAACAUUCCGAUCAGGCUCGAGACUACCAGUCCCAAGUACCAGGGUGUUCCCGUCACGGAAGAGUUCAUUAUAGCCGAGCGCGUUGAGGAUAAAAAGGCAGAGGAGCAGACCACCGACAACAAACCCCUGAAGCAAACGGACGACGACAUCGUGGACGCCGAGCAAACGGAAAGUUUGGUUCAGAACCCCACCGUCGAGACUGUCGUCAGAUCGAAAAGAUCGUCUGGAAAAGCUUUGGACAGCAAGUUGACGUCGCGAAAACUCGCGGUAAAAGCUGUGGAACUGUUGGACGACCUUGACGAGGACGAUAAAAGGAAACACGUCAUUGAUGUAAUCGAUUCCAGAAGAGAAAGGCAAGACAAGGAUAAUUCCAACGUCGUCAUUUACAUGACUGUAGAAGUCGCCGCUACGGACUGCAGUGAGAAAGAUCAAGGAACCGAGUGCCUGGACGAGGUUCUGCCUGGCCCUACGCAAAUUUGCAAACUCGACAUUUCCACCAACGAGAAGAAACCUUUGCAAUCGCCCAAGUUGCUGCACUGGUCUUGCAGAAACAAGCAAAAGUCGGAGAUGAGAUACAAGAGACAGCUCGUCGGAGCUCCAACGAGUCACAGCAAAGACGAUCCCGAGGUGCAGAGAUACGUGCAGCUUGGCUUAGAAAAGUAUACCGAGAACUACCAAGGCACCAAUCAACCCAUGAUCAGCAAUAUCAAAGACGUAUCGGUUCAAGUUGUAUCCGGUCUUUUGUACAAAAUUCAAACGGAUAUCGGUGUCAGCACUUGCUCAAAGGGCACCGUUACUGGAGACUGUCAGUUGAGUAAGGACCAUGGAGUAGAAGAAUGCGUCAUUGAGGCCUGGUCUCAACCGUGGCUGGACAAAGGAAACCCGAAGAUCACCGUAAAAUGCGGUCAGAACAGGAGCAAACGCUCGCUCAGAGGACAGAACUACAGCCAAAAAAUGUUGCAGCAGUCGAGGCAAUUGAAGGAAGAAAUAUUGUUCCACGAAUUCAUGGGAAAGUACAAAAAGAUGUACCACAAUAAAGAAGAGAAGGAAAUGCGUUUCCAGAUUUUCAAGGAUAACCUGAACCUAAUCGAAGAACUGCAAAGGAACGAGAUGGGAACCGGGCGUUACGGUGUCACGCAAUUCACGGACCUCACCAAAGCCGAAUUCAAGGCUAGACAUUUAGGUCUGAAGCCGACCUUGAAGUCGGAAAACGACAUACCCAUGCCGAUGGCUACGAUUCCGGACAUCGAGCUGCCUUCCGACUACGACUGGAGGCAUCACAACGUCGUGACACCGGUGAAGGAUCAGGGUUCCUGUGGCUCCUGUUGGGCUUUCUCGGUAACCGGCAACAUCGAGGGCCAGUAUGCUAUCAAACACGGAGAAUUGCUGUCGCUUUCGGAGCAAGAAUUAGUAGACUGUGAUAAACUGGAUAGUGGCUGCAACGGAGGACUCCCCGACACGGCUUACCGAGCCAUCGAAGAGUUGGGAGGCUUGGAACUGGAAUCCGACUAUCCCUACGACGCGGAAGACGAGAAAUGUCACUUCAACAAAAACAAAGUUAAAGUCAACAUCGUGUCUGGGCUGAACAUUACAAGCAACGAGACGCAAAUGGCGCAGUGGCUUGUUAAAAAUGGCCCAAUGUCGAUUGGAAUCAACGCGAACGCCAUGCAGUUCUACAUGGGAGGCGUAUCUCAUCCGUUCAAGUUCCUCUGCAGUCCCGACAGUCUCGAUCAUGGUGUACUAAUUGUUGGCUAUGGUGUAAAAUUUUACCCCAUUUUCAAGAAGACCAUGCCUUACUGGAUAAUCAAGAACAGCUGGGGCCCGAGGUGGGGUGAACAAGGCUAUUACAGAGUUUACAGAGGAGAUGGCACCUGUGGAGUCAACAAAAUGGUUACAAGUGCAGUCGUUGCUUGAUGUGUCAAUUAAAUUUAUAUUGCGAAUAAAUAAAUUUAAUUAGACACAUUGCUUAAACUAAUUAUAAGAAAGUUAAUAUUUAUAAAAUUGGUGGUUUAUAAAGCCUCUUCAGAAGUAGGUUUUAAUAUCGACAUAAUGCUAUCCAUAAAAAAAGUUGCUAAGAUAUGAACGGCAACAUUGAACUCUCUAUCUCGUCUCGAAUGUUGACUGAUUCGUAAUCAGUUGGAAUUAACAAAUUUUCUCAGAAAGUAAUUAAGAUAGAGUAUAAAAAAUAAAGUCAAACCAAAAAUACAAUUUACUUCAUGACACAGACAAAAUUAGUGCGAUGUUUGCUCUCCCUAUUUGUUACGCAUUUUGAUCAAAAUAUUAAGAAGUAAACAAGUAAUUAUAAAUGUUUUAUUAUUUUUAUAAAAUUGUAUAAUAUGUUUAUUAUUGUUAUUCUGCAAAUUAUAAUUAUACUUUUUUAUACAGAUAAAAUAGAUAUGUGCCAAACUAACGCUUCAGAGAAUUUAUAAUUUAUUACUGUCCAACAUUUUCUUAUCCAUCUUUAGGUAAGCAAUCUUCGAUACCGUCUUACGCCGACGAAUCUUGUAACUAUUGAAACUAAGUUGUGAUAUUUUUUAAUGAAUAUAAAAUAAAUACAUUUAAAAAUAA